GCCAUUAUUUUAUAGUUUAUAUAUAUCAGUUAUGUUUGUUUUUGGCACUAUCGAGGUAAGUAGAAAAUGUAAAAAAGUUCAAAUGAAAAUGUCGCAGCCGCUGCCUUGGACCAAGAUUUGAUUGGGUCAAAGUCAUGCAGGAUAUUUAUAUAGAACCAAUGCUUUCCCCAAAGCAUCAACCUCAAUGAUUUUUAAGCCUUUUGGGUUUUAGAAGAAGCACUCAAACGAUUCUAACAAUGGCUUCGCCGUUACAAAGUACACGAUACCUCUUAAUUCUUCUCUCCUUUGUCUUCUUCUUACUACAAUCUCAAACUGCAGAAUCAAGAACUCUGAACUAUAAAUGGGAAGUGAAAUCUGAAUUGAAGUCCCCCGAUUGCUUUAAAAAAGUUACCUUGACCAUUAAUGGCCGAUCUCCAGGUCCCACUAUCUACGCCCACCAAGGUGACACCGUCAUCGUUGAGCUCAAGAACAGCCUCUUUACCGAAAACGUGGCUAUCCACUGGCAUGGAAUUCGACAGAUCGGAACACCAUGGAGCGAUGGAACAGAAGGUGUCACUCAAUGCCCUAUUUUGCCUGGUGAAACCUUCAGAUAUCAGUUUGUUGUAGACAGACCAGGAACUUAUCUAUACCAUGCCCAUUAUGGUAUGCAGAGAGAAGAUGGUCUCUAUGGAUCCAUUGUGGUUUGGGUUCCAGAAGGACAAACAGAGCCUUUUUCCUAUGAUCUUGAUCGUAACCUCAUCCUCACAGAUUGGUAUCAUAAAAGCAGCCACGAACACGCCACUGGAUUGGCUACCCCUGGCUCUGGAUUCAACUGGGUGGGAGAGCCUGAUUCACUGUUGAUUCAAGGAAGAGGGAGAUUCAACUGCUCUAUUCUGGGAUCUUCCAGUGGUACCUGCAAUUCAUCGAGCACAGAAUGUGUUCUUCAUCCAUUAACAGUCGUACCGGGAAAAACUUACCGAUUAAGGGUCUCCAGUCUCACUUCUCUUUCAGCUCUCAGUUUCCAAAUUGAGGGUCACACCAUGACUGUGGUUGAAGCUGAUGGGCAUUACGUUGAGCCAUUUCAAGUAAACAAUUUGUUCAUUUACUCAGGAGAAACAUAUUCCGUUUUGAUAAAAGCCGAUCAAGACCCUUCUAGAAACUACUGGAUCACAACCAAUGUGGUGAGCCGAUCAAGAACCACCCCCCCUGGAUUAGCCAUUUUCAAUUACUACCCAAAUCACCAGAGUAGACUCCCUCCGACAACUCCUCCAGCACCACCUGCUUGGAACGAUGUUACUCCCCGAUUGGCUCAAAGUCAAGCCAUCAAAGCCCGGCAAGGUUUUAUCCACACGCCGCCCAAAGCCGCCGAUAAAGUGAUCGUGCUUCUCAACACCCAAAACACCGUGAAUGGCCGUCGCCGGUGGUCGUUAAAUAACGUUUCCUUCAAUAUGCCUCAUACCCCAUAUCUUAUUGCUCUAAAGCACAAUCUUCUCCAUACAUUCAGCCAGGAAAAACCACCCACUGGAUACGAUUUCAAGAACUACGACAUUUUUAAUCCGGCGCCCAACCCUGAAGCGACGGUAAGCGACGCCAUAUACCGGUUGGACUUCAAUUCAACUGUGGACAUCAUACUACAGAACGCCAAUAUGAUGAGCCCAAACAACAGCGAAACACAUCCUUGGCAUUUGCACGGACACGAUUUCUGGGUUUUGGGGUACGGAGAAGGGAAAUUCGAUCUUUAUAAGGAUCCAAGCAAGUACAAUUUGGAGAACCCGAUCAUGAAGAACACGGUGCCGUUGCAUCCAUAUGGAUGGACCGCUUUGAGAUUUGUGGCGGAUAAUCCUGGUGUCUGGGCUUUCCACUGUCACAUCGACGCGCAUUUCUUUAUGGGAAUGGGUGUAGUUUUUGAAGAAGGGAUCGAGAGGGUUGGAAAAUUGCCUACUUCCAUUAUGGGAUGCGGGGAGAGCAAGAGGUUCUUGAGACCUUAACUCAUUUCCAUUCCGAUUACUAUUCUUUAGAAAAACACAAAGAAUAUUCUUUUAUGUUUAGCCAAAUUUUUUGUGCUGAUUGAGAGUCACUAUGAGUGUAUAGGUAAAUGUUAUUGCUACUUAAUAAGAAGAAAUCGUAAUAGUUUCUUAAAUGAUUUAAAUAACAAUACCAUUGUUAUGUUGUUUAUUUGGACUACUAUUGGGAUGUUGUGUGUGUGUGACUUUUGUUGAUAUCAACUGCUCCUUUUAUAUAAAAUUUCAGUUAUUCAUUCAAUUA